CUGGCCGGUCGAGAUAUUCAGACGGACCCGGAUGGUAAAUGGGUGAUGUCAAGCAUUGGUUAUGCUAGUGGCGGUGGCUUAUUAACAUACAGUCUAGCAUUUGACUACGACUUGUGGCUUGGUGCUGGCGUCCCAUCAGGUGACUGCCAUCAAUUUACAGAUCAGCUGGAGGCGCAGAAUUUCGCUGAAAAUACACUCUAUCCGUCAGAUACACCUGCAGCUACGUUGAUAGACACGACUAGCUUGAAUUUAGACAGCACUGGACACCAUAGUUCGCAGGGAUCCUGUAAAUUCAAGUUCCCGGGAAUAAGGGUAGGAGCCCGAGAAGCCAUGAUUCUGGUCUCCUUCACAGUUCCAGUGGAAUACAAGAAUGACUACAUUGGAAAUACAAUUCUCCACGAAGCAGUGGACAGGACCUGGUACAUUGUAAAAGACAUAUAUUACCGUGAAAGCUCUGCUGACUACAUCGUGAAUUUCCAGUUCACCACUUCGGACGAUGACAUCAGUUCUGCCUUCUGUUCCAUGUAUGUAUCAGAAGCAGACGCUCUUACAGCAGCGUCUCUUAUAGGUGCAACAACCCCACAGGUGCUUACAGCUGCUCCCACAACCGUGUCUGGAUCUCUUAAUACUGCACCAGUUACUGUGGUUACAUCAAACCCUACACCUUCAGGAACUGCGAUACCGGUCAUUAUACCACAUACAGCAAGGUCAAAUAUAAUAUCUGGGUUUCUUAUUGAAUCACAAGAAAUGCGUAACCAAUAUGUUGAUGAUAACUGUCUUUGGAAGAACGCUGGUGUCAAUCUCCUGCAAUGUGUGCGUCUUUGCCUAGCAGAUGACAAGUGUGUAUCAGCAUUUCAUCAUGCGGGCAAUGCCACGUGUACAGGACAUCACGUGGUGUACGGAAGUGGAAAUUCAGUGUCCGGCGUUUCAUAUUACGUGUUUUCGUAAUAGUUAAAUGGCAAUAACCUUCCAGUUCUAAAGUGUUAUUUAAAAUCCAAGACGUCAGCAUUACAAUUACCUUAAGAAAACUCUAGAGUAUA